CAUGUGUGGUAUUUACUCAGUUUGUGUUUACAUGUGUGGUAUUUACUCAGUUUGUGUUUACAUGUGUGGUAUUUAAACCUGUCUAGUCUGAUAAGGUUUUUAUCUGAGAAGCCUUUAAUUAACCCGUUAGCUGCUGUCAGACUGGGUUUGUGCACACAGCCAAACAUCCAAUGACACAGGCGGUUCCCAUGGUAACAGAGCCAGGUGUGGUCACAGGUGGGUCAGCUACGUCCUCGCUUCCUGUUUUCGGCUUCUGUAGUAACCAUGACAACCAGAGACCAGAGAUUGUAUGACGCAGCCACACGGAUCAUACCGGACCGGACCGGACCGGACUCUCCAGUCUGGAAACGCACUGUAGUUUUGUCACAUGAUCGCACACCUGUCCAGGCGUCCUCUCCUGUCGUCUGCAGGGAGCUCCUGUUCGUGGUGGACGUGCAGCGUUACAGCAGAGACCAGGGCUCCUCCGUCUACUUCCCCCAGGCGGUCCUCAGUGGUGACGACCUGUAUGACAUCACGCUGACAGACGGGGACUGCAGACUGGCUGUGACUCUGGAUCCUGGUCUAAACUGGCUGGUUGAGAGAAACAUCCUGCAGCCUGGUUCAGUCCUACGUAACUCCACCUUCACCCCCGCCAUGGCCGCUCAGUUACCACAAUGCUCCGGGGCAGAGACAGACAGCUACAGACUGCUGAGUGUGGAGGUGACAGAUGGAGCUCCAGGUGAAGAGGAGGAGCAGGAUGGAGUCAGGAGGAGCGAUGUGGACCGGGACUCUCUGCCCUGGUUUGGAUCAUCAGAACCAUCAGGUCCUUUGAUGGUUCCUCUGAGAGCCAAUAGGAGUGUGUUUCUGCCUCUGUGGAACAAUGUGGACUACAGCGGGGAGGUGUGGAGGGAAGCUGCUCCCACUGAGGAGGAGGAGGAGGAUGAAGAGGAAGAAGAGGGUGAUGAGGCUCGACGUCCUGCUGUGACUGUGUCGGAGCUGCGUCAGUCCUUCCUGUCAGGGCGUCGGGGCGUCACCAAGGGCGCCGUCCAGCAUCAGCUGAUAGUACGCAUCAUCAACAAGUCACACCUGAUGUAUUAUGGGAGGACAGACAGGAACUGCGACUGUCCAUAUAAGGCGGUGUUGGAGGUGUGUGACCGGACAGGAAGUGUGUGCGUGGUGCUGUGGAACAGUGUGUGUGUCAGCUGGUACCGCCGUCUGAAGCCUGGUGACAUCAUCAGCCUGAGAAGCUAUCGAGUCAAACAGCAAUACCAGACUGAGCCCGAAGACAUAGAGAUCAGUGUGAACAGCAGAAAUCCCACCGCUCGCCUGUCUGUCCUCCCAGAAUCCUCUGUUUCACCUGAGUAUCAACCACCUGCACCCACCUACAGCUUCUACCACAGUAAGGAGCUCCUGGAUCGCCCUCAUGGCGCUGUGUGUGAUGUCAUAGGCCUGCUGACGUUCUCGGGACGACCAGAGCGAAUCAGAAGCAAGGAUGGCAGAGGGGCGGAGCUUCUGGAGUAUCGCUGGCUGCGAUUGGAGGACGGGGCAAGCAGUCAGCCAAUCAUGGUGAAGCUCUUCUCCACGUCUCAACCUGAAUCCCACCGCAGGCUCCACCCACUGUCUGUGGUUGUUUGUAGCAGACUGAAGUUGAUCAAAGCUGCAGAUCGGACAGACGUCAGCUUCUACCUGACAAACACAACGUACACACAGGUGUACUGCACAGGUAACACAUCACACACACGCAGGUGUACUGCACAGGUAACACAUCAUACACACAGGUGUACUGCACAGGUAACACAUCACACACACACAGGUGUACUGCACAGGUAACACAUCACACACACGCAGGUGUACUGCACAGGUAAC